CUGCCAGAAGAUGUUAGUGAUCUUGAUAAAUUGAAACAUUAUGCUCCGUUAUUCAUAAUUUUUGUUAACAAUGAUCUGGAGUGCAGACGUUUACCUGUGGAAGAAUGUCAAGUGAAAGGACAACGUAGACUUUUCGUAUCAUGUGGCAAUGUGAAUGUACCGUUGUUUAAAAAACUUGAUUAUCUCGUCCGUCAUUACGCAAAUACCUUCCAAUACAGCGACAGCAAAGGACGUAAAAGUCGUUUCCCUGAUGACACGAAAGAAGAAGAAUCAAGUAGUGAUGCUAUAAUGAAUGACAGCAAAAAACAUGCGAAAAGACAUUACUCACCAGACAAAUAA